ACAGUUUUGUCAAUAUCAUUUGGUAGCUUUGAUGCCUAAAAGAACGCUGAAUUGCAAAUCUAUAAUAAACAACCCAUUACAGCCUUUUUGGGUCAAAUGUUGGUUAGAUUUUCACGUACACAUAAACUGAUGACAUCACCACACGCGUGUAAUCAUGGCGGACGAUUUCGACGACGGAGACCAGUUUGAUGAUGUUGGAGAUGACUUGGAUGAUGAGGAGCCACUAGAUGAGCUGGAUAAUGUGGAGCAAGAAGGGGAUGAGAACAUCGAUGUACUACCAGCAGGAGAUGGAGAACCCCAACAACUACAGAAGAUCACCACACCGUAUAUGACAAAAUAUGAACGAGCCAGAGUACUGGGCACCAGGGCUUUACAGAUAGCAAUGGGGGCACCGGUGAUGGUAGAGUUGGAGGGAGAAACAGACCCACUGCACAUCGCAAUGAAGGAGCUCAAAGUCAGAAAGAUUCCCAUCAUCAUCAGAAGAUACCUGCCAGACGGGAGCUUUGAGGACUGGGGAAUCGAUGAGCUCAUCAUUUUAGAUUAAGGACUGUAAUUUUGUAUGUAAUUUUUCUUUUUACAACAAAAGCACUUUAUUCAGUAUGUUCUUUUCUACAUUCCUGUAUGCUUGUUCAUUCACAAUGUAAGAAGUGUCAAAGUUUUCAUUGAAAUACUCAUCUGUUUUUUUUUUAUCAUGCAUUUGUAGUUCAGCUCUUUCCUUGCAAUAACUCUCUCAAGUAGUUUUAUGUCAUUGCCUUUCCGAAGGGAAUAACUUUCAUUUUGUCUGAAGAAAAAUGUAUAUAGCAGGCUCCAACAAUACUUUCGUUUUAUGUUCAAGUCAGACAGCCUUUUGAAGAUUCCUGGUAUUCAUGGAUAUUAAUAAUGUACCAGUGACAAUUUUUCUUAACUUCCAACCCAGUACUUUAAACGUAUUGUAUUUUUGACAUAGUGUUGUGGGUCAAAGUUUCUAGGAUUGUCUGAUUGUAAGAAAACUAUUACGACAAUGAUGCGUGUACUAUGGAAUCUUUUUGUGGUGUCUGGAAUAAAGGGUAAAUCUCGUCAAGUU